UUUUUUUUUAAUGACACAAUUCAAGGAAAAAAAAAUUAUCAGCUGUUUAUAUUUUUGAUAGAGCUUGAUAGAGCUUGAUUAAUGUUUUUUUUUUUCUUUUGACAAUUAUUAAAAUUAUAAUUCUUUUUUUACAUCAACAGGUUUAUUUAAAACGAAAUAAUAAUGGCUGCAAUUCGUCACACACUUCAAAGAGAAGUAUUUACACCAAGUGAUGAAAAAUUAUUGAGUGUUUGUUUUGUUUGUAAAACAUAUAAGAAAAAAAAAACAAGUUUUUUAUGUUUAGCAACAACAACUGAUACACCAGGCUCAUUGUUACUUUAUCAAGUUAAAAAAAAUGAUAAAAAUAUAUAUAAAAAAAAACAAUCAUGGCCCCUGACUGAUAUACAAAUAGUUGAUGGUGUAAGCUAUGAUUCAAUGGACAUAGAAUUACAUAUUGAUAAAAUAUACAAAUGGUCAUCAACAGCAUCACAAGAACGUCGUACAUUUAUUAGUAAUUUGUACACAUACUCAUGUAGUCUUCCUCAACGUCCUGAAUUUAAAAAUAUACAAAAAGAUUGGUUGAUUGAUCCAACAUCAUUAAAAGAGUCUGACAGUAUAACAUUAACACCAGAUUUAUUAACACCAGCAAUAUCAUCAGAUUAUCAGCCAAUAACUGAAAAAGAAGAACUAGAUCUUGCUAGUUUAAUGUCUGGUUGUAAUUAUGCAAUAUCAAAUGCUGAAUUAUUUAUGGAAAAUCUAUCAAAAGAUUUAUCUGUAUUAGAUGGUGAAAAUGUACAGUCUGUAUUGGCAUCAGAACCACAAGUAACACAAUUAAUGAAUGGCAUUGAAGAAGCAAUAACUGAAGCAUCACUUGUCGAAGCUAGAUUAACUGUUUAUGAUGAAGCACUUGGUAGAAUACGUGAAGUUAUGGCAAGAGUUGGACAAAAAAAUCAAGCAAUACAUACAGCAAAUCAUAAUGCACGUUUAUUAUUAGAUCAAUUAGAUGCAAUAAUAACACAACUUGAUAUACCAAGUCAAUAUCAAAAAAUAAUAAAUGAAGCUGAAUUACCUGGUGGACGUAUUGAGCUUGGUGUUGCUGGUGCAUCAUUAUUAAAAGCAAUAACAGCACCAUUACCAUCUGGUCUUGAUAAAUUAAGUGCUGUUACUGAACAAAAACGUCGUCUUGAUAAAUUAAGAGCUAAAUUUUCAAUUCUCGUUGCACGACAUUUAAAUAAUUUAUUUAUACAUUUAGGCAAUGAUCCUGGUGAAAAUUCAGUAAGUGGUGGUGAUUUAAUAUUACCAACUCAUCAAACUGUUCAUCGUGAAUUAGAGCCUUAUACUGAAUUAAUGCAAUUAUUAAGAAAUUUAGAUAAUAAAGCAUUUCAACAAUUGACUAAAGUUUAUACUGGAACAAUGAGUAAACUUUAUCAACGUGAUUUAAAGUUAUUUUUUGAAGAAGCUAAAAGUAGAUUAAUAAGUACAAGACCAUGUGCUAAUACAGCAAAAUCUGGUAAUCAAAAAAUUGAAGAUUUAAUAACACCAGCACCAAUGUGUUUAUUGAGUGGUGAAAUAUGGGCACCACAAGGUGAAGGUAUUUUAUUAGAUUCAUUACUUGAUCGUGCAUUAUCCCAGUUACAACCAGUAUGUCUUGCUGAGCAAGCAUUUUGUGUUGUAUUUUUUCAAUUAAAUAUUGCAUUAUCACCAUCAAAAAGUGGUGACAGUGGUGAUGAUGCUAUGGAUAAUGUUAGUAAUGCAACAAGUCCUGGUUCAUCAACAUCAACAGCAAGUAAUAAAAAACUUGAAAGACAAAUAAAUGAAGAUGUUAGAGCAACAAUGUCAGCAAUAUUUCCAUCAUUAGAACCAGAACUCAAUAAUUUCAUAUCAUUUUUAGAUAAAAUUGAUAGUUUUUGGUGUAUGUAUGUUCUGGUACGUUUAUCACAACAUGUUAUGUCUGCACAAGAUACUGGUUCAUUUUUAUCAAUGACAUUUGCAUCAGCACUUGUACAAAUAAAACGUUCAUUUGAUAAAUUUAUGCAAUCACAACAACAAUCAAUAAUAAAAGAUACAAAAAUAAAUCGUAGAAAUAAAUGUGGUAUAUUGCCAUAUGUACAAAAUUUUGGACCAUUUGCUAAAAUUGCUGAAAAAAUAUUUAAAAAUUCAGAUAGAAAAAAUGAUUUAGAUAAAUGGUAUACCAAAAUUGUUGGCAGUAUGUUUGAUGCUAUUGUAAUACACAGUGGUGAACAUCAUAAAACACCACAAGAAGUUAUUAAAAUGGAAAAUUUUCAUCAUCUUUAUGAUUUAUUAAGUCAAUUGAAAAUUACAGUAUUAGAUAAUGAAAGAAAAGAAGCUAAACAAAAAUAUCAAGAUGCAUUAAAAUCAUAUGUUAUACAAUAUUUUGGUAGACCAUUGGAAAAGCUAAAUUUAUUUUUUGAAGGUGUACAAGCUAAAGUUGGUGCUGGUGUUAAAGAAUCAGAAAUAAGUUAUCAAAUGGCAUUUAGUAAACAAGAGCUACGUAGAGUUGUCAAAGAAUAUCCAGCUCGUGAAGUUAAAAAAGGACUUGAAAAUUUAUACAGAAAAGUUGAAAAACAUCUUUGUGAAAGUGAAAAUCUUUUACAAGUUGUUUGGAGAGAAAUGCAACAGGAAUUUAUAGCACAAUAUAUUUAUCUGGAAGAACUUAUUCAACGUUGUUAUCCAGACAGUAAUAUUACACUUGAAUUUAAAAUUCAAGAAAUUUUAGAAUUUUUUUCUGAAAUAGCAAGAUCUCAUUAAACGACAAAUAGUUAUGUAAAUAAAUUAAAAUUACUAUGUAAAUAUUAUUUGCGAAAUAAUAAAAUAAAUAUAUAUAAUAUUCAGUAUAAA